AUGCUGGCAGCGUUCACCGUGUUCCCCGGCAAGGUGUUGGCACUAUACACCGGCUUUACUUUGCAGAGCCAAGCGAAGUCGGUUCCGACACUCCAGCAACCUCUCGAUUUGCUUGGGCUGCACCAUAUAGGCGGGAACAAUGCUUACAGAGAAAGAACACACCCACAGAUAGGCAGGCUCAGAGACGGCGAUCGGGCUCGGCAGGGAAGUUGGCUGGGACGGAGCCCUUCAAAAGUUUAUUCGUGGAAACCUCUCCCCCCGAACUUGCAGUUUCUUUCUGUUGUGCCAACUCGACCUUCGCAACGCGGGGCUGUUUUCUCUGGACGAAGAUGAGAUACCAGUGCCUGGUCUUGAUUUAGAGUUAGAGUUUGAGUUUCGGUAAUCACCUGGAAGUCAAGGGCCGAAUCCUGCUCGUGUUUGUAGGACGUGUUUUCUUCUCUCUACUUUUGCCGUACUGGUUUUCUUCCCCCACGCUGUUACCGACACAACUGCAGAGAUGAGUAGCUUUGAUUCGGACGAGGAUCAGUUGGAGAUGGAAGAAUUUCCUGACGGAGAUGAGGAGUUUUGUGUGCAAAGUUACAUGCCCAACUAUGGAACGAUAUGUGAACAAGAACAGAUAACUGAUCUGGGUCCAGUUCAUAAAGAGUCCUCUUGUUUAGUUGGUUCUGCAUAUGGGGUUGAGUUUAAUGGAAAUGAAGACUCGAUGUUUUUCACUGACGGUCAACGUCGAAUUGACUUCAUACUGGUUUACGAAGAGGAGCAGAAGAAACCGGGGGAUCAAAAGAGAAUGCGAUCAAUUCUAAGCAAAAAGAGGAAAAGAGCUUUCUUUCAAGACAACUUAAAGAAAAGCGGGCUGGAGAUUGAAGCUACAAGAUCAAUUUUAGAUUCCAAGACAAUUUUCCUGAAGCUCCAUGCACCCUGGGAAGUUCUCUGUCACUAUGCUGAAGUCCUCCAUAUAAAACUACCUCUACAAAGCAAUGACUUAAAACAGAAGACCUCAAUGUUUAACUACAUAACUAAGCUUUUCUCAGUGUCUGAAGACAAAAUUCCACCAGAGGAUGAUUAUUUCACUGCACCAUUCGAGUUGGACCGUAUUAAAAGUUUCCAGACUGAAAAUCGCGAUGCCUUCUUCACACCAGCAACGCGAAGCAGAAUUGUCAAUUAUAUUUUGAAUCGUUGUGUAUAUAAAAAAGGAAAACCCAACGCGUUUGGUAUCACUAAACUUCUGGACUCAAAAGCCUAUAAGGCAGCGUAUACACUCCAUGAUUGCAAGUUCAACCAGAAAUCUUUGGACCCACUGUGUCCCAAUGAGAGGUUCCUUCUUUACCGGGAGUGGGCUCACCCCAAGAACUUCUACAAACUGCAGCCUUUGGAUCUUAUCAGGAAGUAUUAUGGAGAGAAAAUUGGAAUAUAUUUUGCUUGGCUUGGUUUCUAUACGGGCAUGCUGGCUAUUGCUGGGUUUGUUGGUCUCUUGUGCUUUCUUUUUGGAAUACUGACAAGGGAUGAUAGUACUUGGAGUCAGGAAGUGUGUGAUCCUGAGAUUGGAGGUCGUAUUAUCAUGUGUCCUCAGUGUGACCGAGAUUGUCAGUAUUGGAGACUCAAUAUUACAUGUCAGUCUUCAAGGAAAUUAUUCAUAUUUGACAACUAUGGAACACUAGUAUAUGCCAUGUUUAUAGCAAUUUGGGUCACCAUCUUUUUGGAAUUCUGGAAGCGCCGCGAGGCAGAAUUGGAAUACGAGUGGGACACUGUGGAACUGGAGCAGGAAGAGCCUCGCCGGGCAGAAUAUGAAGCAAAGUGUACAAUCCUAAAGAAGAAUCCAGUCACACAGGAAGAGGAGCUGGUUCCGUACACUGCCUGUGGAAAAUGCAUGAGACUAUUUUGUGGUGGAAGUACGGUUCUGUUCUGGAUAUCUCUGAUUGUUGCCUCAGUAGUUGCCAUCAUUGUCUACCGGCUGGCAGUCUUUUUUGAGUUUUCUGUCGACUUCCGUAAAGCGAUCAGUGACAAUCUGAUGCCUUUGAAAGACUAUUUAACUCCUCAGAUGGCCACUUCGGUCACAGCCUCUCUCAUUAACUUCAUGUUCAUCAUGAUUCUGAACAUAAUCUACGAAAGAGUAGCAAUAUUGAUCACAGAUUUUGAACUACCAAGAACACAAACGGAUUAUGAAAACAGCUUGACCUUGAAGAUGUUUCUCUUCCAGUUUGUCAACUACUACUCCUCCUGCUUCUACAUAGCUUUCUUUAAAGGCAAAGUUGUCGGUUACCCUGGAGAGCCAGUUUAUUGGUUGGGAAGAUUCAGAAACGAAGAGUGUGACCCUGGUGGCUGCCUUAUUGAACUAUCAACCCAACUGCUGGUCAUAAUGGGAGGAAAGGCUAUAUGGAACAACAUUCAAGAAGUUCUCAUUCCGUGGUUAAAGAAUCUUAGAAGUCGUUGCCAGAUGAAAGGUUCUGAAAAUGUACUCCCCAGAUGGGAACAAGACUAUCAGCUGCAGCCCAUAUCAAAGCUUGGAUUGUUUUAUGAAUACCUUGAAAUGGUGAUACAGUUCGGAUUUGCCACCAUCUUUGUGGCAUCGUUUCCACUGGCACCCCUGCUGGCACUGGUCAAUAACAUCAUUGAAAUUCGAGUAGACGCAUGGAAACUAACCACUCAGUAUCGACGCGUCCUACCAGUCAAAGCACAAGACAUUGGAGCCUGGCUGCCAAUCCUAAAUGGAGUGGCUAUUUUUGCUGUUGUGACCAACGCAUUGAUCAUUGCUUUCACUUCCGAUAUGAUACCCAGGCUUGUUUAUUACUGGACGCUAUCAAUACAACCCUAUGGCGAGUUCAGCAGCCCAACGAUGCGUGGCUACAUCAACAGUACCCUCUCUGUUUUCAGAAUCGCUGACUUCAGUAAUAUCAGCAAACCCCACAGCUCCCCCUCAUGGUUUAACCCUGAAACCGAUACCACCUGCAGGUACCGUGAUCUCAGAUAUCCUCCUGGACAUCCACUGGAAUAUCACCAUAGCCUUUAUUACUGGCAUAUAAUGGCCGCCAAGCUAGCAUUUAUUAUUGUUACAGAGCACAUUGUAUUUGGGGUGAAAUUGCUUCUGUCAUACGUGAUUCCUGAUGUCCCAGCACACAUUAAAGAACAAAUUAAACGUGAGAAGUAUUUAACACAGAAGAUUCUGCAUGAAAAUCAUCUUCCAACCUGGGACAGCAGAUUAAUAGGUGCAACAGGAAGAAUUAUAAAAGGUUCAGUCAGCCUGAAGGACCAAAGCAUGGAUGUAUAAAUAUCUGUUGCAAAGAAAUUGUUUUCUAUAAUGUACAGUUUUAAGGAGGAAUCUCUUGAAAUGCUAAUCUGUUUGAUUUCCAAGAGAGAAUGUUUUGAUCUGCCUGUAAGUACCUAUGGUUUUUCUAUCUGUUCCACUGGUUUAUCUCAAAUUCCAUUUUGACUAUAAAAUUGUUCAAGCUGUUUCAAUAGUCCAUGGAAAAGUUGUUUACUAUUAUUGCACUUAAUGAGAAACAGAGUUUUGGAACUCUUUUAUAAUCAGAGGAAAUUCUUGUGUGAAUAAGAAGGCUGUGAACAAACAUGGAAAGUAGUUAUCAGACUUACUGAAAAUUGGAAAAGAAGUUAAUGACACCGCAAUGUUGCCAUGUGGUCCACAACUGGAGGGAUAAUGUAUCCCAAUGAAUAUGGCAGGAUUUUCUAAGUGACUGAUGAUAUGUGUUGUAGCAAUCCAGUCGUAUGUGGAAGUUACUGAGUGCACGGAGUGAAGGAAUUUCCCAGAUAUAUGAUACGCUAACUAAAUGGAUGGUAUAGGUGGUUUCUCCUAUUUUGACCAUUUGAUUAUUAAAUUUAUUAUGAAUUUAGUUAGCAAAACGCUCUUGGCUUUUACAGUGCUUACCAUUACAGUAUAUUCAAGUUAUUUGCCCAGGAAAUUGUGAAAUCCGAAGGAGUUUUAAACUACGAUAGUUCUACCUUUAAGCCACUCUGGAGGCAAUAUCUAAUUUCUAGUCAUACCAAACUGUCAGUGGACUUAUCCUGAAAUCAUAAGUUAGAUCAGUGUAUUAAAAAUUGGGACUUAAGGAACAGGAGCAGUAACUCCUCAAACCACCUCUAUUAUAAGAUCAUGGCUGAAAUUCUACCUCAGCUUAACUUUCAAACUGAAUCCUCAUGUCAUUGAUUUUUACUGUCCAAAGAUUUUUACUGACAGAUUUUUACUGUCAGUAUGUGUCUUGAAUAUACUCACUAAUCAAUGAUGCAACAACCUGUGGGAUAGAGAAUCCCAAAUGCAUAAUAUCCUCUGAUUAAAGGAAUUCCACCUCAUCACCUUUCCAGGUCUGUUCCCCCUUAUUCUGAGUCAAUGUUCUUAGUCCGCAAGAUAUAGGAGCAGAAUUAGGCCAUUUGACCCAUUGAGUCUGUCCCACCAUUUCAUCAUGGCUGCUCUAUUUUCCCUCUCGGCCCCAAUCUCCUGCCUUCCCAAUGUAUCCCUUCAUGCCCUGACCAAUCAAGAAUCUAUCAACUUCGGCCUUAAAUAUAUAUUAAGACUUGGCCUCCACAGCUGCCUAUGAUAAAAAAAAUUUCACAGGUUCAACACACUCUGGCUGAAUUCCUCCACAUUCUGAGGCUGUGUCCUCUGGUUUUAGACUCUCCCACCAGAGGAAACAUCCUCUCUGCAUCCACUCUAUCAAGGCCUUUCACCAUUCAAUAGGUUUUAAUGAGGUCCCCUCAUUCUUCUGAACCCCAGUGAAUACAGGCCCAGAGCUAUCAAAUGCCAUUUGCCAUUUCUUGUUGCUAUUUGCACGAUUUGUUUUUUGUGGGUGAGUGGCGGGGGGGGGGGCUUGAUGUUCUUGUUGCCAUUUGCACGGGAGGGGGUUUUAAUGUUCUUGUAGCCCGUUGUGUAAUUUGCUUUUUGUGCAUGGAGGGGGUGGUUGAUGUUUUCCUUUGAAUGGCUUCCAUGGUUUUCUUUGUUUCGUGGCCGUCUGGAGAAGAUGAAUCUCCGAGUUGUAUACUGCUUACAUACUUUGACAAUGAACUUUGUCCCUAGCUAUGAUCUAUCAAAUGUUAUAAAAUAUAGGCCAUCACCUAAUUCUGUUUGGGUGUGAUGAAAUUUAAACUUUCAGUGACCAGCCAUGAUAAUUCUAGUGUUUUCAAAGUUCAAAGUACAUUUAUGAUCAAAGUAUAUAUACUUUAUACAACCUUGACAAUCAUCUCCUUAUAGGCAGCCACAAAACAAAGAAAGAGAAGAAUUGUAAUGAUAUUAAAACAGCACUGUAUUCUGGAGAGUAUUAUUUUACAUUCUAAAGUACUCUUGCUAUUAACUGUUCCUAUAUACACAAGAUGCCAUUUUCAUAAAAAUGUUCUCCCUUUAUGAUGGUCUGUGCAUCGGAUUAUGCACCGAUGACUCUACCGGGAUCAAUAGACUUUUUAAUUUUGUCUUUUGGUGCUGACAAUCAAGCAAAAAAGCUGUGCGGUGGCGCACCCAUGCAGCUCAGAGGGAACGGAUUCCAGGAAUAGAGGCUGGUUUGCUCCUGAUGGAGUAUUACUGAUUGCAUUGUGUAGAGUGUGAGUGCUGUUUAUCAGAGUGAGUCUGAACACUGUCCAGGUUUGCUGCAUUCAGGUACAAAUUGCAACAUUUUCCAGAGUGACAAAUUGAACUGAAUGCCGCGUGAUCAUCAAGAAACACCCCCAUUUCUGAACUUACAGUGGGGUGAAGGGAUCCACUUCUGACCAUGUGAUGACCAUUGAUGAAACUGCUGAAGAUGAUAAGACCUGGAAUUUUGUAUAGUGGAACUCCAGCAGCAAAGGUAUAAGGCAGUGACUGGAGCAGGGGGUUCCCAGCCUCUUUUAUGUCAUAAGACAUAAGACAAAGGAGCAGAAGUCGGCCAUUCGGCCCAUCGAGUCUGCUCCACCAUUUUAUCAUGGACCAUUAAGCAAGAGGUCAGUGGACCCCAGAUUGGGAACCCCUGGUCUGGAGAGUUUGCCCCUAUUCCCCAAUUCCUAGUGACUUCAAUAUUAACUUAUUUGAAGUAUUAGACCAGAUUGUAAUUUUUAUUUCCGAACAGGUAAUGCUAAAGAAACUAAUUAAAGAUCAUAGCAAUGGGAAUGCAUUUCUACAGAAUCAGAAUCCUUUGUUAUCACCAAGUAUGUAGACACAUACAGGGAAUUUGAUGCCGGUUUCCCUGAGCUCUCGCUGUACAGAAUCAAAAAGCAAACAAAACAAAUGAAGAUUUAAAGUUCAAAGUAAAUUUAUCAAGUACAGGAGAUAUAUGUUACCAUAUGCUACCAUGAGAUUCAUUUUCUUGCAGGCAUUUAUAGGAAAGAUGAAAUACAACAGAAUUUUACAAAAAGUAUCAUGAACAAAGUAACGCACACAAAAUGCUGGAGGAACUCAGCAGGUCAGGCAGCAUCGUAGAAAUGAAUAAACAGUCGAUGUUUCAGGGCGAGAUCCUUCUUCAGGACUGAGAAGGAAGGGGGAAGACACCACAAUAAAAAGGUGGGGGGAGGGGAAGGAGGCUAGCUGGAAGGUGAUAGAUGAAGCCAGGUGGGUGGGAAAGGUCAAGGGUUGGAGAAAAAAGAAUCAGAUAGAAGAGGAGAAUGGACCAUAGGACAAAGAGAAAGAGGAGUGCCUUCUGUCUGGGUAGCCUCCAACCUGAUGGCGUGAAUAUCAAUUUCUCCUUCGGUAAACAAAUCCCCCCCUUUCCACCCACCUCCUCUAUUCCCCCAUCUGGCCCUUUAUCUUUUCUCACUAGCCUAUUACUUCCCUCUGGAUUCCCCCAGCAUUUACAUUUUGGCAUCUUCCCUCUUCCUUUUGUGAGAGCUGCUUUGGAUUUCCAGUAUCUGCAGACUUGUGUUUAUGCAUAAACAAAAACUGACAGAAAUCCAAUGUGCAAAUCAAGACAAACAGAGCAAAUAAAAGGAGAGCAUGAGCUGAAAAGAGUCUGUGAAAGUUAGCCUGUAAACAGUAGAAUCAGUUCAGAAGGACAUUUUUUCAUUCUUGGAUUAUGGGGCCCAAAACUGCUCACAUUACUCCAUGUGGUCUAAUCAGUGCCUUUAAAGUCCUUGCUUUUAUAUUCUAGUCCUAUCAAAAUGAACACUAACAUAUCCUUAAUAAAUGAAAAUUAAUUAAGACAAAUCAAUGCAGAUGUAACGCCUGCACCAUCAAAAAUGUAAUAGCAUAGAUAUAUAUGCCAUUACUGAUAUUGCUGUUAGACAAAAAUAACCUACUUUACAUUUUUAUGAUCUGAUAUGCUAAUUAAAACAAUUAUCCAUUAAGGAGAAUCUUUCAGAGGCCAUAUUUAUUGUUGUACCAUCAAAUGGAUUGGGGGAGCAUAAAGUUCAAAGUAAAAUUUAUUAUCAGUAUACAUAUAUGUUACCACAUACAACCCCGAGAUUCUUUUUCCUGUGGGCAUACUUAGCCUGUUUACUGAACUGUAAACAGGAUCAAUGAAUAACAACUGUGCAAAUGCAAAUUUAAAUAAAAGCAAUAAAUAACAAGGUAAAGAAUCCUUAAAGUGAGACCUUCAGUUGUGGGACACCAGAAAUGAGUAUCUCUUUUUUUGUUCAAGAGCCUGAUGAUUGAGGGGUAGGAACUGUUCUUGAACCUGGUGUUGCAAGUCCUGAGUCCCUUGUACCUUUUACCCGAUGGCAGCAGAGAGAUAAGAGCAUAGCCUGGGUGGUGAGGAUUUUUGAAGAUAGAUGCUGCUUUUCUGUUAUUGAAAAAUAAUAAAUUGAUGGUUUGAGCACAACAGGGCUGUCACACACUAUUGGUCUCCAAAACAUUUUAUGAAUUUCAUGCAUGAGUGUGAACCACAAGAUAAUUUUUCACUCAUAAGCUAUUAUAAAAUGUACUUUCUUUCAUUUAAAGUUUCAUUAACAUUCUAAAAAUAGGUUCAGGCCAGUUUUAAUUCAACAAUAAUACGAUUCAAUUGCCCUUUAAAUAAUCAAUAGUUAUUAAUUCUUGAGAGCACUUCUUUUGAAUAGCCCAAUAACUCUGUUAUUGAGUACAGGUAUUUAAAAGCAAAUUCAUAACAUAACUCUUGUAAUGUAAACACUCACUGAAUGUAAAUGUUUAGUAGAACUAUCUAUUCAAACCUGAGUCCAUGGAGGUUUCUGUUGUUGUGUGACAUUUGGAGAACGUAUUUUAGAAGUAGAAAUCUCUUUAGGUCUGAGUCCUCUCUUAUGAACACUCCAACUUGAGGUAAAUCAGUAUUUUUAACAUUUUGUAAUCUGCUAAGAGGAAUCAUCGUAUACAAUUGCUGGUUUAAAGAUUUUUUUUGUCAGUUCUGUUUUUAAGUGCCAGUUUAGCAGCAUGAAGAGAGAUAAUUGCUGUGCCAGAUUUUAUGAUAAAAAUCCUAAUGAGACUUUAGUACUGAAGUCACUAUUAUGAUUAUGUAAAUUGGACAGUGAGUCCCAGCUACCACACAUUCACUGAUAAAUGGAUAAAUGCAGAGCUGCCAUGAGAUUCAUCAUUCAAAUAUAUUUACUGGCAAGAAGUUGCUAUAUUUAACAGAAGUACACUUCAAACUCACCAGAGUCAUUGUUUGGCAACAAUUAAGAAUGUAAUAUAGAGAGUACUUUUAAUACUCUUUUAAUAACAUUACAUUCUUAAUAGAUGGCAUGAGAAUUCAAAUCCCAACAAGUAUGGAGUCUCAUUUCCUGACUUUAAUUAAUGGAUGUCUUCAAAUAUUUUUGUUUUUAUCUUUCUUAUCUCACUUUCUUUUUCAUUUCUGUAUAUGAUGGCAUAGAAUUCAUUACUUUUAUAUUUCCUGGUCCAGCCUCUGCAAUACUCAUUCACAUCACUUUGGUUACGGAGUUCAAAGUUCAAAGUAAAUUUAUUAUCAAAGUACAUAUAUGGCACCAUAUACAACCCUGAGAUUCAUUUUAUGUGGGCAUACACAAUAAAUCUAUAGAAAAAUAACCAUCACCAAAUCAAUGAAAGACUGUCCAACUUGGGCGUUCAACCAGGGUGCAGAAGACAGCAAAUAAAAAAAAAAUAAUAAUAAUAAAUAAAUAAGCAAUAAAUGUUGUGAACAUGAAGAGUCCUUCAAAGUGAGUCCAUUGGAGUUGUAUAAUAGUUUACAUUUUUUUUUACACAAGUUUCAGAUGCUAUGUAGUAAUUGAUUGUGCCAAUUUGGAUAGUUGACUAAUAGGAACUUUGAUAAUAAAGGCUCAGGGAAAACAUACAGAAUAAAUGACAUUAGAACAUAGAACAGUACAGCACAGGAACAGGCCAGUCCGCCCACAGUUGUACCAAACCAGCUAAAAAAAAAAUCAAAAAAACCCAAAAGCCAGUCCCUCCCAUCUGCACAAUGUCCAUAUCCCACCAUCUUCAUAUUCAUGUAUCUACCUAAACACCUCUUAAAGGCCUUCAAUGUAUUUGCCUCUACCACCAUUCCAGGCAUUCUCCACUCUCUGAGUAAACAAAAAAACUUACCCCUCACAUCUCCUUUGAUCCUGCCCCCUCUCACCUUCAAUGCAUGCCCUCGGGUAUUAGACAUUUCAACCCUGGGAAACAGAUACUCCCUGUCCACUCUAUCAAUGCUUCUCACAAACGUAUAAACCUCUAUCAGAUCUCCCCUCAGCCUCCACCGCUCCACAGAAAACAACCCAAGUUUAUCCAGCCUCGCGUGAUAGCGCAUGCCCUCUAAACCAGGCAGCAUCCUGGUAAAAACCUUCUGCACAUCGUUCACUACUAAUUGCAGAAUCUGGUCCAGUGAUCAUUUCUGAUUGGCCAACUUUUUCUUCAUUCUUGUAAUCAAUUCAUAUUACAUACUUCUCAGAAUAGAUUGUCUUUUUGAUUUGGUGUUUUGGAUGAGACAUUAAACCUAAGCCCCGUCAUAGUACUAUUCUGUACAAGUGUAUUGGAGUUAUUCCUGGUUUCCAGGCCAAUAUUUACUCUGCAUUGCCAGUCAAUUUUUCGGUUAAUAUCACAGUACUGUUUGUGGGAUUUAAUUCAUGAUUUAAAUUGCCCAUCGCAUUUCCUAGAGCGCAAAAUUGGUACAUUUGAAAUGUGCUUCAUUGGUCAUAGAGUACUCAGUGGCUGCAAAACACAACACAAACAUACUUUUUUAAAAUGAUAUUUGUCCUUUGAAAUCGAAAGAAUGGGAUUUACAGUUCUAUGUAACUCAUAACCUUUUACUGUCUUCUCAUUGAAACAUACAAUUUUACACAAAGCUGGAAUUACCAAUACAGAUACUUUAUGAAAAACCCCAAAAUAUAACAGAAAAAGGAGGAAGUAUCAUCCUUGGCUGUGACAUAAUUUCUGGUUCAAAAUCAAAUUCAACUUUUUGGUCCACAUCAGUUACAACUAUAGAGGGGAAGAAAUUGUGAAUUGUUAAUACAUGAACCAAUAUUGUACAGUUAACUCUUCCUCAUCGUAAAAACAUUGAUUGAAUGGGAACGUCUACAAUAUGUUUGUAUUGUUGGGAGAGGAAUUCAUUCACCUGUGCAUAUUCAUAAUCUAAUUUUGUUAUGUUUUAAACUCUGUUGAAUAAAUAUAUUAUUUUUCAGUUUUAUGUGUUUGUAUCCAAUGCCUAAGAGGCUGCACUUAUUGUUUAAGCCAAUAAUGAUAAGAUAAACCAAUAAUGAUGAUAUGACUGACUUAAUUGAAUGAGUUAGAAUUCAAUAUAUGGCUGAAUAAAUAUACAGUUGAAGUAUGUUGAUUCUGUUAAGAAUGAUUGAUGUAUCUUAAUAAGUAAUUUUUCUUUUAAAUUUUGUCAUGAAGUCAUAACUUAGGACUGAUUUUGUUCUAGUAUUAUAUGUACAAUUAUUGAACAUAGUUCAUUAUUCACCAAAGAAUGCCAAUAAACUGGAAUAAAAUUUUUA